UGUUUUACUGCGCAGCUGAUUUGCAAACUACUACUUGUAAAUGUAAAUUAUCUCUAGUACCCACAAAAAACAAUAGAACUGAUUCAGUAAAACAAGCGUAUACACGUGUUUAUGAACCUACUUGGGUAGCGCCCAUGUUUGAAUAUAUCCAUGGAAAAGUUAUGGAAUAUAAUUACCAAAUAAAUUUGAAAAAUCUUUUCAAUUUUCUCUUUGUGGACGAUGCCACAAUGUUUUGGUGA